AUGGAGGAGGGGACGGGUGGACGCACGGGAUGCAAUCGCAAGGGCAAGUUCCGUGUUGUGUACAAUCGAGGUCUCGACGAGCUAUGGACUCUACCUCGAUGA